AUGCAGAUGUUAGCCGGAAGUUUUCAACCCUUAAUGAAAGUAUAUGAAACUAUAAGAUUUUUUAAUGAUAUAUACACAGAUCAUGAUGAGGUCGACGUAGAAGCAAUUAGUAGAUUUUUAACUCCGGCAAUUACACAAGACGUGUGCAGAGAGAGGCGUAAGCAACGGAAAUUGUAUUUGGAUAGUAAAAGAUCUAAUGUAUCAAACGUGUUACCGCUUUCUAAGAAAAUUGAAUCGUCGACUACUAAUUUGUCUUCCACUUUAUUCCACACUCCAACUACUUCACGUCAUGCAUCUACUAUUUCUCCAGUUUUUACUCCGGUAAUUACACAAGACGAGUGCAGAGAGAGGCGUAAACUACGAAAAUUGUAUUUGGAUAGUAAAAGAUCUAACGUAUCACACGUUUUACCGGGUUCUACGACAAAAGAAUCGUCGACUUCUAAUUCGUCUUCCAUUUUAUUACACACUCCGAAUACUUCACGACAUUCAUCUACUAUUUCGCCAGUUGUUUUCACGCAAAGUUAUCAAAGUUACACUAAAGAGAGACGGAGAUUAAGGAGACUUUAUCUAGAUAGUAAAAAAUCUCCUAUCUUACAAGGCAAAUCGAGGGCUAUGAACAGUUUACAGUCUUCUUCUAUUACAAGGUCCUUUCAAUGUGAUUACCCAUCUGCUUCAAACAACCAAUCACUUUCAACAAGUGUCCGUCGCUUUUCUAUUUCUCCAAACAUAACAACAAUGAAUACAACUCCUAUUUUACGCAAAACGUCUCCAAAGCUAUCUACUGGGAAAUCUAAGUUAUUAGGCAGACAAAGAAUUACAUCUCCUAUUCCAAUGGUUGAUUUGACUACAGAUGCAGCGUUAGAUGGAGAUCCUUACAAAGGUGUUUCACCAGAUUACUUAGAUCAUGGGGACCAGUGUAUUACGUGUCAAGUCGAUCCGACUGUUAAUAGAGGUAAUGGCCCAUUUUGCUACAGGAUUAGCGGUGAAAACUAUCAUAGUAUUGGAAGUCUGUUGCCGGAGAAUGGCAAUAAACCAAAGUUUUGCCAGCUAUACAUAUACGAUACAGAGAACGAAGUUUCGAACCAAGAUUCUAUAUUUAGUCGAUCUAAGGAGUCGGAUACAUCAUCUUCUGCUUCAGUUGAUCGUCACUUGAUCCAACAUAUCAAGUCUGUGUUAGACUCUGAUAAUGUAUUGGUUAAAGUUUACAGGAUGGUACGUCUUAUUGGAAGAAGGGACAAGGAUGGUCGAAUGUAUAACUUACCAACAUGUGGCGAGGUUGCUGCUCUAAUUGUUGGAGAUGUUGAAAACGCAAUUGAGAACAGAGAUAUUGUUGUUGAAACUAAAUCGGGGACUCUUCAACGAAUUAGUGAAUUACAUCCUUCUUACCUUGCUCUUCAAUACCCAAUUCUCUUCCCGUAUGGAGAUGAUGGUUACAGAGUUGACAUCCCUCAUAGAGGUGUCAUAGAUGUAACCAACAAGAAGCGUCCAAAUUGUACGAUGAGAGAGUUCUUUUCGUAUCGUAUUCAAGAUAGAGUAAACCAAUUUUCUCUGAUUCUAAAUUCAAGGAGACUUUUCCAACAAUUUUUGGUUGAUGCUUAUACGAUGAUUGAGAGCGAGAGACUAAACUACAUACGUUUUCAACAAAAAAAUCUAAGAUCUGAUACCUAUGAAAGUCUCCGGAAAUUGAGAAAUAAUGGUCAGCAAGAUAUAUCUAAUGUUGGUACACCUCUUAUAUUGCCUUCUUCGUUUACCAGUGGAGCUAGAUAUAUGAUGCAAAACUAUUUAGAUGCAAUGGCUUUAUGUAAAUGGUUUGGUUAUCCUGAUUUUUUUAUAACCAUUACAUGCAAUCCCAAGUGGCCAGAGGUAAAACGGUAUCUUAAAGACACCACUCUGAAUCCAGAAGAUAGGCCUGAUAUCCUGUCAAGGUUGUUUAAAGUCAAACUGGAUGCAAUUUGUAAAGAUUUAAAGGAAUGUCAUAUGUUCAGAAAAGCAGCAGCAAUUAUUUAUACAAUUGAGUUUCAAAAACGUGGCUUGCCUCAUGCGCAUUUGUGCUUAUUCAUGGAACCAGAAGCUAAAAUUCCCACUGUUGACCAAGUUGAUCCGUUCAUAUGUGCAGAAAUUCCAAACAGAGAUGAUGACCCAGAGUUGUAUACGCUUGUGAAGGAUUUUAUGAUUCAUGGACCAUGUGGUAAUGCUAAUAUGAGCUGCCCAUGUAUGGUUGAUAAACAGUGUUCUAAAGGCUUUCCUAAAAGAUUUCAAGAUACUACGACAAUUGACGCCAAUGGUUUCCCAUUAUACAGAAGGAGAGAUGAUGGAAGAACAGUUGUCAAAAACCGGAUCGAGUUAGAUAAUAGAAGUGUUGUACCAUACAACAAAAAGUUAUUGAAAAAGUAUCAGGCACAUAUAAACGUUGAGUGGUGCAACCAAGCUGGGUCAAUUAAAUAUUUGUUUAAGUAUAUCAACAAAGGUCCGGAUAGAGCAACAGUUGCUGUUUUGCAUAGUGAUAAUCAUAAUGAACAACAUGAAAACGAUGAGAUUAAAGAGUAUUAUGACUGUCGCUAUAUCUCAGCAUGCGAGGCAUCAUGGAGGAUUUUUAGUUACGAUGUAAAUUACAGAUAUCCUUCUGUUAUGAGGCUUCCAUUCCAUCUUCCAGGUCUCCAACCGGUUGUAUUUGGAGCAGAUGAAGACAUCAAUUAUGUUCUUAACAGGCCAUCUGUCAAGUGUUCUAUGUUUCUGUCUUGGAUGGAAAGGAACAAAGAGCCUGAUGACCAUUUGGCGCGUACACUAACUUAUGUUCAGUUUCCAACUUGGUAUGUAUGGAAGAUUGAAAACCGUUGUUGGCAACCUCGGAAGAAAGGUAACUCAAUUGGCAGAAUUCAUAAUGUUGCUCCAUCUCUUGGAGAAGCUUAUUUUUUAAGAAUCUUGCUCAACAAAGUCAAAGGACCUAAGUCAUAUGACGAUAUCAAAACUGUUAAUGGUCAUGUACAUGAUACAUUUCGAGAUGCGUGUUUCGCACUUGGUCUUUUAGAUGAUGACAAAGAGUACAUCGAAGCAAUUAAAGAAGCAAAUGAAACAGCAACAGCUUCUUACGUACGAAAUUUAUUUGGCAUGAUGCUAUUGUCCAAUACUAUGUCAAGACCGGAGAUCGUAUGGGAAAGCACGUGGAAAUACAUGACAGAUGAUUUCAUCUACAGAUAUAGUAAACUACAUCGUGUUGAAGGUUUAUCAAUUCCAGACGAUGAACUUAAAAAUUACGCUUUGUUGGAAAUUGAAGAGUUUUUAGGUAUGAUGUAA